AUGGAUUCGCUUGAAGAGUUCGAUCUUGCCCGUGAACUCAACUUCAGGUCCUCUCGCCGAUUCCUGGCAUUGGCUGAGGAGGACCUUGCUUCCCUGGUGCUCCGGGCGCGGCGUGGCGUCCAGGGCAAAGAUGAGGGCACUCGUUUUCUGCUGACCUUUCCUCCGUUGCAGCCACGCUUUGCGCAGCUGCUCCACGCACUGCUAGUGCGCUUCGACCUGAUCUUUGUGGUGCAGGGCUGGGGUGACGAGCGACGUCUGAUUGCGGAAGCCACUGCUAGCAAGGGCGUCCUUCCAGCGUUGCGCUGUGACGACUUCCUGGCUGCAGCAGGCCUGGAGCGCCUGCCAAAGAGACUGGAAGAUGCCGUCACACCGUCGGAAGUUGAAUCCGACGAGGCUGAGAGGCGCGAGGCAAGCGAGAGCGACGAGCAUGACCGUGACCGCGACAAAGAGCGCGACGGUGCAGAGGCCCGGACGAAGCGCCAGCGGCAAGGCUAUAGCAGCGGCAUGAGAGGCUGGAGCAGCGAGGAGAGCGACAGCGACCACGAAGCCCAGGAGAGGAGGCCGCAAAAGGGUGAGCGCGUCAUGAAAGGUCGCGGCUUCUUGCCGGAGGCAGCUCCUCCCAAGAUGGAGGAGUCAGCGGUGCGCUGUAGGUUGCGGGGUGACUAUGAGCCCUAUGCCAUCGAUCCUGACGAUACUUGGCGGCCGCACAGGAAGCCAUACGUCGAGUUGUUGCACGGCUGGGAGUUCUCUCACGCCUGGAGCUUUGAGCCAGAGCACAACCCCAAGAGGCCGCUGCCCUCGGCGGGUGAUCCCGGGGGCGUGGCCACCUGGAGGGUGGAGCAUGCGGCGGAACGCAGCUUCUUGGUGGCGCUGGGCGGCCAAUCCCAGGAGAUGCGGCGCUGGCUGGGGAGCGGGCGAGGCCCCGGCGAGGAGCCCUACUUGUUGGAAUUCAGGAUCUUGGAGGCCGAGGAGCAGUGGGAGUUCCGCUUUUCGCGAUGCACAAAGCAGGCUGACGCAAAGUGGAGGCCGCUGCCCUGGUCCUCCGAGCGGCACACGGUCUUCUGGCUGGCCGGCUUUUUGGGCCAAGACGACAAGAUCUACCUGCACGCAGGACUGGACAACUUUCCGGAGAAGCGCUUCUUCUCCGCGCGGCUUGCCAGCUUCCCAAAGGCUCUUGGCUUCGCAGGCGGCCCGGGGGCUUCGCCUUUCUUCAUCCGCGACAUCGUCCUCUUUGGGCGCGGCGCGCUGAGGAGGGCACCCUUCGCCGGCAGAGAUCAUCUGGUGGAGGCGCCGCUGCCGCGGCGGCGUGCACUGGCGCGGCUCAAGGAGCUGCGGCUGAGGUGCGAGGUGGUUGCCGUCGCAGAGGGGCAGGAGGACAUAGCUGAGAAGGAGAAGCCUCCUGCAAGGACACCCUGGCGCACUAUGUUCUCCGCCGGCAUUCUCGAGGGUGAGCAGCCAGAGGAUGGGCCGAGUGAGGCGACUCAGAGCGUUUGCCUGGUGAUUUGCACAUCUGCGGAGCAAGCGGCCGAGGCAGCCCAGGCCCUCUCUGGCCAGGUCGUGCCGGGAAUCCAAAAAACCUGGCCUUUGGCGAACGCAGGCGAGGUGCCUGGCCCUAAGGCGGCCAAGCAGCUGCUGGAGGCACAGGCUGAGGCCUGGCACGGCUUGCACCCGGACACCGUGCGGGAACUCGGGCUUUUCAAGGAGCACCUGGAGCGGAACACACGGCACCUGGAGGGCACUCGCAUUGCUCGCAGCGCCGCCAUGUGGGGGCCCCGGCCUGGGAAUGAGGAUGAUCAUUUCAGGCAGGGCUUUGCAGAUGAGAUUCAACGGUCACAACUUCAGAUCGGAGGUUUCACCUUCCGUUCCUGGCGGCGCAUGGAGUGGUGGGAGCUGCAUCCAGAUCAUCAAGAAACGCUCCUGCCUUCGCACCUUCAUCCGUCGGCCUGCGGCCUUCAGAGCGGCGCCCUUCGGGCGCCCUGCGCGCAGCCGGUGCUGAAGCUGGCAGCGGUGAGGCUCGCGGCGAGAUGGUGGAGGCGGUCCAGACCGCCCUUCGGCUGCCUUCUUCGCCGAGCCGAAGGCACCGACUUGAGCACUUUGGCGAACUUCGGGUGCGAUGAGACCGGCUGCACCGUGGACCCAGAACCAGAGAACUGGGAGGGCUACACGCCCUUGAGGGAGGACCCUUCUGCGGAGUUUACCUCCACAGAGGCGGGCGGGGGACGGGCGGAAAGGAGCUCGUGA